UUUGUGGGAAACUGAACAAGUUUCGUUUAGGCUGAAACCAACAAUUUUCUGCUUAGCUUUCGUGUUUGCUUUCAGUUUGGCAUGAGUGUUUUCGUCAGUCCAGGAAGGAAGAGACUCUGCUGGAGUCUGAUCUUCUCGUGCAUCAGCUGUGAUCAUGUUGUGUUUUUGGGGAGCGCAGGUCAGAGAGGGUUUGGGGCUGGUAAAGCCUGACCAAGUCAAACAUGGCAAAUGUGGAUUUUCUGGAAUACAAUCCUUAUGUCCGAAAACUGCAGUUCAGGACAUGUCAGCUGGCAGGAGUUUUGCUGGAUUUAUCCAGGAUGGGAAGGUCUCGGUCCUGAGAUUACGCAGUGAAGACUAUGAGCAUCAUAUAGAAUCACUAGAGCUAAAGGAUGAAACUGAUGACAGAAUCAGACUGAUUGUCUGUGGAGCAGAUGAUGCGGUGCUUCUUUCUGAUUCAGGAAAAGUUCUCAUUAUGGACAAAACUACUGUGUGCAAGCCUCUCAAAGGUCUGGAUAACAGGCAGGUGAUUCAGAUCGCAUGUGGAGACCAUCAUUCAAUGGCACUAACUAAGGAUGGUCAGGUGUUCGUAUGGGGUGAGAACUCUCAUGGUCAGCUGGGUUUAAAGAAAAAUCAUCCCAGCUCUCCGUCUGCUCAACAUGUUCAGAGUCUGAGUGGGAUCCCACUGGCUCAGAUCAGUGCUGGAGGAGACCACAGCUUUGGGUUGUCUCUCUCUGGAGUCGUGUUUGGAUGGGGAAAGAACUCUGCUGGACAGCUGGGCCUCGGAGACACUACAGACAGACACAUCCCAACAAUUAUAAAUAGCCUACAAUUUAAGAAAACUGUGUCCAUUUCAUGUGGAGGGGAACACACUGCCACUUUAUCAAAGGGACCAUAAGUCCAGGACCAUAAAUUGGACCAUAAGGACCAUAAAGUGGACAGUUCACUCAAAAUCUGUUUCAUGGACAGAUGUGGGUUAUUCCUUCAUUAUUUCUACAUCAGUUAAGCAUUUGCAUUUGGAAGCUGUUGCGGUGAACCCACAUCAUGUGGUCAAAGGAGCUCUCCAUGCAGGUGAAACAGACAAUUGUUAGGCUUCAAAAAGAAAACAAAUCCAUCAGAGAGAUAGCAGGAACAUAAACAGCCAAAUCAACAGUUUGGUACCUUCUGAGAAAAAAAGAACACACUGGUGAGCUCAGCAACAUAAAAAGGCCUGAAUGUCCACAAAGGACACCAGUGGUGGAUGACCUGAGGAUCCUCUCCUUGGUAAAGAAAAGCCCUUUAUCAAGAGAAGACUGACCCUGUGGCCUCAUAUGAGGACAUUAUAUUUUUGUGAAUUUCUCUGAGACUGUACAUGCACAGUUUAAAGCCUGGAUGUCCUGUACAGACCACAUUCAGGGCUUUUCAGAGAUACCAAAUGACCACUGCCUCUCCUUGGUAAUCAAAAAUGUCUGAAAUUAAUUUAGUGACACUCUUAUGGAAUUAUGAUAAUAUUUUAUAAUUAUCAUUUAAGUCUAUCUAAUUUUUAAAUUGUGUGUCAUAAAUCAACAUCUCAGGAAAAUGUU